AUGGAUGAAGAGUACGAUGUGAUCGUGUUGGGCACGGGUCUCAAGGAAUGCAUUCUCAGCGGUCUUCUCUCCGUCGAUGGCCUCAAGGUUCUGCACAUGGAUAGGAAUGACUAUUACGGAGGAGAAUCCACUUCACUCAAUCUUAAUCAGCUUUGGAAGAGAUUCAGGGGUGAUGAUAAGCCUCCUCCACAGUUGGGCGCUAGCAGGGAUUAUAACAUCGAUAUGAAUCCUAAGUUUAUUAUGGCUAAUGGCAAUUUGGUGCGAGUUCUCAUACAUACGGAUGUGACAAAGUAUCUCUCUUUUAAAGCUGUGGAUGGGAGCUAUGUGUUUAAUAAAGGAAAGGUUCACAAAGUGCCCUCAAACGAUAUGGAAGCCUUAAAGUCCCCACUUAUGGGACUAUUUGAAAAACGCCGGGCUCGCAAGUUUUUCAUCUACGUACAAAACUAUAAUGAGAGUAUCCCCAAGACCCAUGAGGGGUUGGACUUGACGAGAGUCACUACUAAAGAGUUGAUAGCAAAAUACGGCCUUGAUGAUAAUACUGUAGACUUCAUUGGUCAUGCUUUGGCGCUUCAUAGAGAUGAUCGCUACCUGUCUGAGCCAGCUCUGGACACUGUGAAGAGAAUGAAGUUAUAUGCAGAGUCUCUUGCACGCUUUCAAGGAGGGUCACCUUACAUAUACCCUUUGUAUGGUUUAGGAGAGCUUCCCCAGGCAUUUGCACGGCUUAGUGCAGUUUAUGGUGGAACAUAUAUGUUAAACAAACCUGAGUGCAAGGUAGAAUUUGAUGAUGAAGGAAAGGUUGUCGGUGUAACAUCUGAAGGGGAAACUGCAAAGUGCAAAAAAGUUGUUUGUGAUCCAUCAUAUUUGCCCGGCAAGGUGAGGAAGGUUGGUAAGGUUGCAAGGGCAAUAGCCAUCAUGAACCACCCAAUUCCCCAUACUGAUGAUUCCCAUUCGGUGCAAAUUAUUUUACCACAGAAACAGUUGGGUCGGAAGUCAGACAUGUACCUAUUUUGUUGCUCAUAUACUCACAAUGUUGCUCCUAAGGGAAAGUAUAUUGCAUUUGUAUCAUCCGAGGCAGAGACAGAUCAGCCAGCAAUCGAACUAAAACCUGGAAUUGACCUUCUAGGACCUGUUGAUGAGAUAUUUUUUGAUAUCUAUGACAGAUAUGAACCGGUCAAUGAACCCACUUUGGACAACUGCUUUAUAUCAAUGAGUUAUGAUGCUACUACUCACUUUGAGUCGACUGUGGAAGAUGUUCUCAACAUGUAUACAUUGAUAACUGGAAAGGUUCUUGACCUUAGUGUGGAUCUUAGUGCUGCUAGUGCUGCAGAAGAGUAA